GUGCGGUGCGGUGCGGGCUGGGCCGGCUGCAGGACGCGUGGAGGAGAGCGGGGGGUGCGGGGCGGGUUGCUCAACGCGCGGGCCGUUAGCAGCGGGGUUCCUCUUUGAGUGCGGUUUCGCCUUCGCACGGCGACGGUGGGAGGUGGGGCUCUACCGAGUGCUUACGGGAGCACGGCAUGGCACGGCAUAGCAUGGCACUACAUGGCACUACAUGGCACUGCAUGGCACGGCAUAGCAUGGCAUGGCACUGCAUGGCACUGCUCAACAUGGCACGGCACGGCAUGGCUGUCACUUUGCUGUCCAGGAAGCUGCUGCCGUGCUGCGCCCAUUGGAGUGUUGGUAGUGACCUCAGCACAGAUGCUGAGCCAUCACUUCUCACUCUCCCUGCAGUGAGAAGAAUGAGCCCGGUGCCGGAGGAGCUCAGCCUUGUGCCCCUGCAUCAGCACCCCGAGCUGCUGGAGGCCUGUGCCGAGCUGCUGGCUGAGGAGUGGGGCAAGAGCCGUGCAGUGCGGCUGCAUGCACUGCAGCGAUCCUCCGACGCCUUCCCCACCUGCCUGGCACUGCUGCGGGCAUCGGGCCCCGCCGAGCCCACCUGCCCCCAUUGCCUGGUGGGACACGUCCGGCUGUCGCGCGUGGCUGGGCAGCCUGGUGGGCUCUUGGUGGAGAGCGUGGUGGUGGCGCGGGCACUGCGGGGCAGAGGCUACGGGCGGCAGCUGAUGGAGGCCACCGAGCGUUACGCUCGGACCCGCGGCUUCCGCCGCCUGCACCUCAGCACUCACGACAAGCAGCAGUUCUACGCCCACCUGGGCUUCAUCCCGGCUGAGCCGGUGCAGAUCGUGCCCUUCCUCAGCCCUGCCAUGCCUGCUGCAGCACUGCGGGCCUUUGCUGCGCCUCCCAGCCCCACCCCUGCUACCCCAGCGGUGCCCUCAGCCCCCCAUACCCCCCUGCCGCCUCCUGCCAUCCCCCCCCCGCCCCCUCUCCCACCCCCAUCCCGGGCAGGGGGAGGCCCAGCUGAGGGCGGUGGGCAGAGCCCGCAGGAGAGCCCCCACUAUGAUACCAGGGGGCUGCCCAUCUUCUGGAUGAAGAAGGACAUCUGAGGCUGCUGGGCACAGCUGGUGAUUAAAAGCGAGCGCGGGCGGA